AUGCAGCUCGGCCUCGUCGUCCUCGCCCUCGCGGGCCUCGCCACCGCCCACAUGCAAAUGUCGUCGCCGCCUCCCUUCCGGUCCAAGUACAACCCCUACACCACCAGCGUCGACUACGACAUGAACAACCCCCUCCCGGACUCGGGCUCCGCGUACCCGUGCAAGGGCUACCACAAGCUGCUCAACACCAACCAGGGCCGGUCCGUGGCCAACUGGACCGCCGGCGAGGCCUACAGCAUCUCGCUCGAGGGCAGCGCCACGCACCAGGGCGGCUCGUGCCAGGUCUCGCUGUCCUACGACGCCGGCGCCUCCUUCACCGUCAUCCGCUCCUUUGUCGGCGGCUGCCCGCUCACCAAGGAUUGGGGGUUCACCCUGCCCGCCGACACGCCCGCCGGCGACGCCCUCUUUGCCUGGUCGUGGUUCAACAAGAUUGGCAACCGCGAGAUGUACAUGAACUGCGCGCACGUCACGGUCCAGGGGGGCGGCCAGGGGAACUACUCCUCGUCCGAGGCCGCGUGGGCGUCGCGGCCGAGCAUCUUUGUGGCCAAUGUGAACAAUGGGUGUGGCACCGUGGAGGGCGCCGACGUCAUGUUCCCGCAGCCGGGGCCGGAUGUGAGCAACAUUUCGAAGAAGACGGCCAAGCCUGUUGGCAGCUGUAAGUAG